AUGGAUAAUUUAUGCUGUUUUCCUCAGCUCGCAGGAGGACAUUCUUCAUGCGGCUCUGGGAAGGGAAGAAGCCAGCAGGGACCUGUCAAAUAUGGAUUCAGUUUAAUAAAAGGAAAGGCAAAUCAUCCUAUGGAGGAUUACCAUGUUGCCAAAUUUUUAUACACGAAUCGUCGUGAGUUGGGACUAUUUGCUAUUUUUGAUGGACAUCUGGGUGAUAGCGUGCCGGCUUACUUACAGAAGCAUCUGUUUUCCAAUAUUUUAAAGGAGGCUGACUUUUGGACCGAUCCAAAUACAUCCAUUGCAAAAGCCUAUGAAAGAACUGAUCAGGCAAUUCUCUCGCAUACUCCUGACCUGGGACGAGGUGGGUCCACUGCUGUUACUGCAAUUCUUAUAAAUAGUCGACAUCUGUGGGUAGCCAAUGUUGGAGAUUCACGAGCCGUCCUUUCCAGAAGGGGGCAAGCUAUACAGAUGUCCGUUGAUCAUGAACCCAACACUGAGCGGGGAAGCAUUGAGAACAGGGGUGGAUUUGUCUCUAACAUGCCGGGAGAUGUUGCAAGAGUGAAUGGCCAGUUGGCUGUUUCUCGUGCUUUUGGAGACAAAAACUUGAAACCUCAUCUGCGAUCUGACCCUGACAUUACAAACGCUCAAAUUGAUGGUGAUACCGAGCAUCUUAUCCUUGCUAGCGACGGCUUGUGGAAGGUAAUGUCGAAUCAAGAGGCCAUUGAUAUUGUGAAGAAGAUCAAAGACCCCCAGAAGGCAGCUAAACAAUUAGCAGUUGAAGCACUGAACAGAGAAAGUAAGGAUGAUAUCUCCUGCAUUGUUGUCCAAUUCAAGGGGUAA